AUGGUGGGUGUCGCUGGGAGGUCUAAGGCCUGUCUUGACUGCAAGCGACGGCGGGUAAAAUGCGACCUCACCGAGCCACGGUGCCUUCGCUGCAGCAGGGCAAAGAUACAUUGCCAAGGAUACAAAUUGGAAACGGUCUGGGUCAAUCGAACGCUCGAGCAGCCAGGGUUGACGGCGGCGGCUGCCAUCGCCGGCGCCGCCCGGCUUCCACAGAGACCAGGCCAGCGCCGCCUGCACCUUCUCAACCAACUGAAGUUGGAAUGCGCAUCUCCCGUCCGCGAUCCCCUGAAUUUCAGAUGUCGUGCCCUCCAAGUACUUGACGGUAUUUAUACACCUUAUCUGAGUCUUGAAGGCGCCUACCCGUCGGCUGUGUCGUGGCUAGAAGCUAUUGGCGAGAUGAAAGAGGGCUGCGAUGCGCUGGAUCAGUCACUGCUAGCAUUUUGUGCUAUUCAAAUUCGCGUCGUUGGCGAAAACUCAAUUUCCUAUGAUGACACAGUCCAACUGUACAACCACGCCCUUCGAAAUGUUAUUGAGGAUCUCGCUCGGGGAAAAGGAGCACGGGAGGAGACGCUUGCCGCAAUUAUUGCCCUUUCUACUUGCGAGCUAUUCCUAUUUGUCAAGGAUCAAAGCCUGAGCAUCCAUGCUCAUGGCAUCUCCGAAAUAUUACGCCAUCGUGAUGUGAUGCAACCGAGCCGUUACUGGGACAGGCUAGUUGUACGGAUGUGCCUCAUCUGUAUCGUUGGUGGUUUGACCCAUGGACGCGCACUGGCGCUCGCCCCUGGAGAGUGGUACGCGCUGCUGGGUCCGGCCCCGACAGACUCGUUUGCCCAUUUACUUAAAGUGGCUGUCGAGAUUCCGGCUAUACUGGAAAAGGCAGAAUCCUUGGUUGAGAAAAGGUACCCCGAAUCGCUAACAGCACGAUGCACUGAUUUGCUCACCCGCAAGUUCUAUGAGUUGAAAGAAUGGCGAGCUCAAAAGGCCUCACCGUAUUGGGUCGUCCCUUCCACCUUGGAGAACCCUGCCGAUGAAAAAUAUAAUGACAAGCUAUUUCCAUUCGCUCUGAAGUUUCACUCAAUUGCGACAGCAGUCGAAUGGAUAUUUUGCUCUACCAUAAUGUUACGAACAGUUGAUGCCGCCUUGACUGCGGGUAGUGUCGGCCUCUCGUCGCCAAAUAAUGGAUACUUCACUUCCACGAGGACAUUUGACCGGCGAAUAUCCACAACCAAGACGUAA